AUGACGAACCUCAAACUACUACUGAACCAAAUCAACCCGUUCUCGUCUCGCCGUGAGACGAGCGACGAUUAUAAUGAAGAGGAAUUUAAGCUUCCGAACAUGACGUCUCUGGUCAUUAUGCUUGUAAUGAAUUUCCUUCUUCAAAUCUCGUUUUUCAUCGUCAUUUCAUCGUCAAGCAAAUAUACAGAAUACUUGGGAGGAAAUGCUACUUUCUCUGGAAUUGUCAUCGGGAUUCCGACAGCUUUUGCCGGACUUUCUUUAAUUCCCUUGACAAAGUAUGAUAAAGGGAUGUACAAAAUGCCCCUUCAUGUCAGUUGCUGCUUCUCCAUUCUAGGCCACGUCGCCUACGCUCUGGCCUUCCGGGCCAACUUUCUAUAUUUGAUUUUGAUCGGCCGUUGCCUUACCGGGGUUGCAUUCUCCAUGUUCAUGUACUGCAAACGGUACUGCACAGACCCUCGAAUUGUUGGCAUCAGACGGAGAACUACGCUUGCUAGCUGGAUGGUCAUCUGUCAAGCCAUGGGCAUGAGCUUCGGUCCAUUUCUUGGUGGCGUGCUGUACAAAGUCGGGUUCUCAAACUCAAUUUUCAACGGUUAUACAAGUCCGGGAUGGAUCAUGACCGGGAUCUACGCUGGCUUCUGGGUUUUGAUGGCAAUAUAUUUCGAGGACAUCCCUCAACCACCAACCAUCAUGGAAUUGCAGUCAGCAAGUCCCAUCGUUUCUUUACAAGUGAAAGAUGAAGACGCAGAGGCUUCUCCCGAUUAUCCAUCAGCGUCUACCACACAUCCUGCCUCACCCAUUGCCGAAUCAUUCAGAGCACAACUCUCGUUGAUUACAUGGUUCCAGUGGGGUGUCAUUGCAUGCAUGUGCUGGUUCUCGAUGCUCUGUUUUUUUAUCCUAGGCUCUUGGGAAGCCAACCUGCCUGUGUUUAGUGCCGCUGCCGAAAACUUUCGCUGGUCACCAUUUGCUGCAGGAAAUUUCAUCGCUUUCGGCGCAAUAACAUGUUUCCCUUUCCUUCUCCUCAAUCUCCUAGCUGCACGUCACAUACAAGAUCGCAAAAUCCUCGCAUUCGGUACGAUUAUCGGCCUUGCAGGGCUUAUAAUUUUUCUUUCCAUCCUUCGCACCGGCAAAGUCAAUUAUGGCUCACUAUUUGCAUGUUGGUGGACCGUGGCUCUUGGUUUUAACAUUGCGACCACUGUGACCCUCAGUCUACUCAGCAAGCAGCUCCCACCCGAGUGGAACGGGCCCACUUCAAUAGUAAUUCAAUGCAGCAAUUAUACUGGUCGUGUUACCGGCGCAAUCUGGGGUGGUUCGGGUGUUUCCGUGGGGAUGUCGAACUUUGUGGGAUUGGAGAUUGCUAUGGUCGGUAUCGGAGCUGUUUUUCUUACCGCAUUGUGGAGGGAUCUAAAGACGAAGACGGGAUGA